AUGGCAUCAGAUUCCCACACUCUUCUCCCAGUUCUCCAUAAGGAAACUGUCUUCUCUGAUUGGCAGAGUGAUGCCAAGGCCUAUCUCAGAGGCAAAGAGGUGUUUGUGUACUGCACUGCCACCUUUGAUGCAGCCAAGCAUGAGGAAGUCAAGAAGGACAAGUGUGCUGGCAUCUUGUGGAGCAUGCUCUCCCCUGAUGUUAGGUCCCUAGUGCGUCAGCAUGAGGAUGAUCCCAAGGCCUUAUGGGCUGCAUUGCCUUCAAUCUUUGCACCCAAGCAGGCUGGGCAGCGCUUCAAUGCCUAUAAAAACCUUACCUCCAUCAGACUCAAGGAGGGUGAGGGCUUGCUAAGCCUUGUGGGUCGUGUAUCUGAGGCUGUGCGCUUCCUCAAAAGCUCUAGGCCUGAUUCCUUCACACUGGAUAAGGCUGAUGAAGAGCUGCAUGCUGUGGUUCUCCUCAUGGCCUUGCCUGAUUCUGAGCCUGCUUAUGCAACUCUGAAGGCUCCCUUUGAGCAAUCCCAUGAUGCUCUCAAGGUGGCUGCCAUUGAACAGGCCUUUACCUCAUGGUCUGCUUUCAGGGCAGCAGGCAAUGCAGGAGACUCUGGGCAGAGCAAUCCUCUGUCUGGAGCUGCAAUGAUCACUUCUGCCAAUCCUCCUUCUGCUGCACUGGAGGCUGCAUCUGGUCCCUCCCAGCCUUGCCAGUCUGUUAUUCUCACGAAUGUCUUGUUUGUUCCUGCUUUGUCUCACAAUCUGAUCUCCACUACAUACCUGUCAGUUCACCAUGACUACACUGUGCUCAUGAAGGAAAACUACAUCCUGUUCAAGCGCAAUGGUGAAGUGUAA